AUGGAGGUGGAUACUGGCUCUAUAGCCAAAUGUGCACCGGAACUGUAUGACAUCGCUUCCACAUUAGUUAACGUCGAGGAAGUCACAGAUAACAAAGCAUUCAAUGAUUUUAAACUAUCAAAGCCAAUUAUCGACAUGGUCAGUCCAGUUACCGAAGCAGUAGUUUCUGAUCCAGACCCUAAGGCUCCCCAAAACCGUGAUAAUACGACUGCAGAACCUUCAGUUGCCCCUGUUGUUGUGAAUAGCAAUGUUGGGAAGUACCGUCUCUUACGUACUAUAGGAAAAGGGAAUUUCGCAAAAGUCAAGCUUGCUAUUCAUAUGGCCACUGGUGUGGAAGUUGCCAUAAAAAUAAUUAAUAAGACCGUCAUGGAUAAUACUCUCCUCAAACGUCUUAAACGUGAGAUAACUAUCAUGAAAGUUACAAAUCACCCAAACAUUGUCAAACUACUCGAGAUAAUUGAAAAUGAAGAUGUUCUCUGUCUUGUUAUGGAAUAUGCUAGUGGAGGUGAAAUAUUUGACUAUCUUGUCGCGAAUGGAAAGAUGUGUGAAAAGAAGUAUUGUCAUGCAAACGAAUUUCCUCCAUACGCCGCUCCAGAAUUGUUUUUGGGGAUUCCGUACUAUGGACCUAGUGUAGAUAUUUGGUCUCUUGGUGUGAUUCUGUUUACUUUGGUUUUGGGACAUCUCCCGUUUGAUGCACGUGAUCUUCGUGAACUUCGGAGCAAAAUCUUGGGAUUGCACUACACUAUACCUCGUGGUUCCGUUUCUCCAGAAUGCGACACACUGUUAAGAAAAAUGUUAGUUCUUGACCCUAAAGAUCGUUCAUCUUUAAAGUCUUUGAUGCUUGACAAGUGGGUAAAUAUGGGCUACGCUCCAGAUGAUCAUCUUCGUCCCUAUAGAGAACUACCAAAAUCCCAACUGGAUGAUAAUCGUGUGAAAGCUAUGGAAGAAAUGGGGUUUACAAGAGCUGAUCUGGAGUCAUCGGUAGUUAAUCCUGCAUUCGACCAUGUGUAUGCAACUUACCACUUAUUGCCCGAAACCCCAUCUCAGUUUGUUGAGCUUUGUAAAGACUUGGCUCCUGGAGCGGUUGUUUCACCAAAUACCAUCGUAUUACCUAACUCUCUGCUUACUCACAAUCAGGAGACCAAGUCGACUCAUAGUUGUUCUUCCGAGUCAUCAGAAUUACCUGUCUCUGCGAAGCCGACUGCUAUUGGACGUUUCACAGUGGCUCCAAGUAAUAAAGUCAAUGAACCUACCAGUCAUUCUUCAUCUGGACGUUGUGCUCGGGGUAGUUUGACAUCUGAAUCUAACCAAGCUUCAGCACACCAUAAGAAUGUACAUAAUUUUGAAUAUGGGAAUCGAGAACAUCAUUCGCUUACAUCCGCACUGCCAAAUACUCUAAAACGAGCAAUAAUGCAAGUUAGUCGAAAUUUCACUGGAGGAGGAACUCCCACAACAAGUAAUGAAGAAAGUAGUAAUCGUGGUACAGCACAAAUAGUUACAGGACGUCAUAAUAAAUCCGUACCAAAAUCUUCUGGAGGUGGAAGGGAUGUUAUCACUGCAGCACCUGUUCCAAUUGGAGCUGUCAAAAAACAUGGGUUUGGUUUGUCUCAACAACAACAGACACAAAAACGUCAGCCUUUAAAUCCACAGAGUGCUUCUCAUUCUCAGAAUCCUCCUGUAAGAUCCAAAAGCCCAGCUGUUCGUAAUCAUUCUUCAUCAUCUAAUACCUCUUCUGCAUCAUCGGAAAGUCAUGGAACUCAAAAAAUGAAUAAAGAAUCCUCAGUUGCAAUGAAAGCUAGUUCAGAUAUGAACUAUCGUGGUUCUAUAAACAACACUUGUCGUGAUAACGAUAAAAGCUCAUUACAAGGAACACAGAAACGAAAUAUGAUAGAUGCAAACGGAGCUAAAAUUUCUGGUUCAAGUUGUACUUCAUCUAAUUCUGGUGCUGAAAGCGAACUUCGAGAAAGGGCUACAACAAUUGUUCAAGGCGUUUGCAAAUCAGUUAAUGCUUCCUCUUUGCAUCAUCAACAUUCUACUCCUCAGUCGGUCUUAGAAGCAAAACAGGAAUUUAAAGAGAAUGAUGAUCGUUCUUGUCUAGUAGUACCGGGGAAUAAUAAUGAACUCAUUCACUUCGAACAAACUAAUCUUCGCAAUGAAAAGUCAGAACUCAGUCGUAGUUUAACAACUAUUGAUCAGACAAACCAAAUGACUAACAAUUCGGAUAAAACUGCAAAGAUUCCAUCCCUUAAUCCACAAAUUAAAGUAUUACAUACAGUCCAAGGCACAGAAGCUCUCGCUUUACGUCUUGAAGCUUUGCGUUUACAGUCUGUGAACUCAACGACCAAACCAUCUUCAAAUCCUGAGGCAGCUGCAAACAUAAUUGUGGAUUCCAGUCAUCAAGGUUCAUGGGGCCGUGGUGUUCUAAAGGCAUUAGGUGGAUUCUUUGUACAAAGAUCUACAGAAGGACGUCCGGAUAAUCAGUCGUCCACCCGACUACUUAAUAAACCACGUGAAGUCAAGUUCCCUUGGAGUGUAUAUACUACAAGCACAAAAUCAGCAGAAGAACUCCUUCAGUCCAUCAUACAUGCCCUUGAAGUCACUCCUGGUUGUCGUUAUUCACAUGACCCUCACCUUCCUUUUCUGUUGCAGUGUUCCUGGGCAGCUGAUCGACCUGCUAUCAAAAAGUCUGAUUCGGAAGCUGCUUGUAAAGAUCAAGCUAACACAUCCUUUUCUGGAUCCCUUGAGGUUCCAAGUCACGGUGGACUUUUACGUGGAGAUCCGGUACAUUGGGAAAUGGAAGUAUGUCAGUUACCACGGGUUCACCUGCGUGGUGUCCGACUGAAACGAAUACGUGGAUCGACACUACAUUUUCGCCCAAUCGCUGAUCUUGUUAUGAAGUCGUUGCGUUUGUGA